AAACCCAUAACACCACCACGAAUACCUUUCCUACCAUUCCUGCAAGAUGUUCAAAAAAGACAUAACCGCCGGCUCAAAAUCCAAAGUCAAGUCCUCCGUCCAACGCGGCAUCCGCAGCAAAGUCGUCGAAGAAUACCCGCUGCUCGAGCCCUACAUCGACGAGAUCAUCCCCAAGAAAGGGCAACUCGACCACAUAAAACUCCCCGACCGCUGCGCCCUCUACGCCCUCGGCGCCACCCCCCUAUUCUUCCAGCACAUGGACGACGCCCUGCUGCCGCACCUGGCCCUCGUGCACAAGUUCCCGCAGUGCUUCGCGCGCGUGCGCUGCGACCGCGGCGCGAUCCGCUUCGUGCUGAGCGGCGCGACGCUCAUGGUGCCCGGGCUGACGUCGGCGGGGGGCCGGCUACCCGGGGAUGAGGAGGACGACGACGAGGAGGAGGGGAAGUGGGGGGACGAGGAGCUGGAGGCGGGCGAGGCGGUCGUGGUCGAGGCCGAGGGGAAGGAGCAUGCGUGUUUUGUGGGCGUGCUGAAGAUGGGGACUGAGGAGAUGCGGAAGGUGGGGAAGGGGCUGGCGUUUGAGAGUGGGCAUUAUUUGGGGGAUGGGCUGUGGGGGUUGAAGUUGGAUUGAAGGGUACCUGGGUAUGGUUAAGGAUGGGGAAGGGCUUGGCGACAUGGUGGUGUGGCUCUCCAGGGUGGGAGACAGGCAUACUGGGAUGACUGGUAGAGCUGUCUUAGAGAGCUUGAAGGCAAAGGGCUCGCUCUUGAUGAAGCGAGGAGCUUGCGGUGAGAAGCAAAACUCACCAGCGAAAGUCAAGACGGGUCACAUGGAUUCUUCAAGAGAUACCCGCUAUGAACUGGCAAGCAAUAAGAAAUUAUUUGAGGCUCAGAAAGUUUUAGUGUGACAAUUGGUAUCAUUGCUGUCUAUUC